AUGGCCGCAAUCUCUUCGGAACCCAUCUCCUUGUCGAAGUACCCACCAUUACCGAUCGACCUCCAGUUCGACCUCGACGAGGUCUUGACCGAUCUGGCAUGCUGUUCCAGCCUCCAACACAACAUGGACAUAUCGGACUCGUUGCUCUCGGCCAUGCCAACGGUGACCUCCGCAACCGGAGCCUGCCCGAUUUGCAUGGAGGCCUUCCGUGGCGACGACAAGCAAGCCUCCUGCGGCCACGUCUACCACGAACCCUGCAUCGCCACAUGGCUCUCGCUCGGUGGCUCCUGCCCUUUGUGCCGCUGCGACAUUAUCUCCUCCGCCUCCGAAACCUAG